GAUCAGGUGCUCUGUAUAGAUGCUGAGAAAUAUAACGAAACCUUUAUAGAAACCUGCAGGUGCCAGGACCCUGUGAGGUCUCCAAUACGGAAUUAACUGUGAAUAUUGGUGUUAGUUUUUAAAGCAGACACAAUAAGAAAGCAGUCAUGGAGGAGAUGACUAUAUGGGAGCAGCACACGGUCACUUUAUCGAAAGAUCCCAAGGUCGGCUUUGGUUUUGCGGUCUCAGGUGGGCUUGACAAGCCCGUAAAUGGGGACGCAGCAGUGAGGGUCUCUGAUGUGCUUCCCAGCGGCCCUGCCAUGGGUCGUCUUCAGACACAAGAUCAGAUAGUUAUGGUGAAUGGCGUUUCGAUGGAGAACGUCAGCUCGCUUUACACAAUUCAAAAUCUGAGGAAGUGCGGGAAAACGGUAAACAUUACUGUAAAGAGGCCACGCACAAUUCAGAUCCCUUUGAGCAACAGACCUACUCGUUCUGCCUCACAAUCCAACAUACUAGAUGACGAUAUGCCACAGAGGAGGGGUCAGCGCAACACAGACACCAGCCGUAACCGACGAACUCGAAGCGUGACACCUGACCGCAACGGUCACGACCUUCCCAUCAUGUCCGGCUACAAGAGACUUCCCAAUCAGGACGUGCAAGAUAAACCCAUCAGAACAACCCUGAUCAAGAAAAAACCCACAGAUGAGUACGGAAUGAAGCUGGGGAGUCAGAUUUUCAUCAAACACAUGACUUCCACUGGUCUGGCUGCCAAAGAGGGCACCCUUCAGGAAGGAGAUCUUGUUUUGAAGAUUAACGGCAUGACGACUGAAAAUCUGUCCUUGCUGGAGACCAAGCACCUGGUGGAGAAGUCUAGAGGUAAACUGUCCAUGUUGGUGUUGAGAGAUGACAGACAGUUCCUCGUCAGCAUUCCCGAAGUGGAGGACAGUCCAGAAAACAGUGCAGACGAGAGGCGGCAAGGCAGUAGUUCAGAGCUGGAGGAAAUCUCAGACCUGGAUUCUGACGGUCCCACAAAGCGAACAUCCCGUCCAAAAGAGCGACGUUCUCGCAGAAAUCGUGCCGAUCCUGUGUCGAAACCACGCGAAUCGCCUCCUCUGCGCUCUACACUCCCAAGACCACCCGCUCAGUCAGUGCCCCCUCGCAGAGUUCCCUCAGAGUCUGAAUCGGACCGCAGCAACUCACCUCCAUCAUCAAAACACGGCACUCUCGAUAACAGAGACCGAUACAAAGUUCUCUCCGGGGUCUCUGCUCUGCCAAACCCUCGAGCCUCACCUGUCACCCAGAAAUGGAGCUCCUCCACUGCCUCUCGGCCUCGCAGAGCCGUUUCAGAGUCCGAUUCUGACCGAAACGCCUCCCCGCCCCCAAGGCGUGAGAGUCCCAGACCUGAAAAUCACUCCAGAUACAAGGUGCUUCCCGAUCUUCCUCCUCCGGGGAUGAAGUCUUCCUCUCUAAGCAUGUCUCAGGAUUUCCCUCGCCGCAUGCCGUCUCCUUACAGGCCUCCACCCAGAGCUGCAUCCGAGUCCGAAUCGGACGAUAGUACCGGACCUCAACGCGGACAGGAGUCCCGCAAUAGAUACAGGGCGACACCUGAGGUCAUGUCAGUCCCUGUAAUGGAUCCCCCAAAGUUGUCGAAACCCUCAAUGCCUGUACAGAAAGCUCCCUCAGAAUCUGAAUCCGAUGCAAGUUACAACUCUCCUCCGAGAACACAGUCUCCAUUCAGUAAAAAAUCCAGAAGCAGACCAGCAGCUGAAAUGCAAGCACCAAUCAUCAACAGCCGCCAGGAUUCUUCACUCAGAGCCGCUCCUGCCAGACCAUUACCUGAAGAUUCCUCUGAAUCAGAAAGGGCGCCAUCACCUGUCAGGAGAUCUGAGAGUCCCAGCCACAACAGCGAUCACAGUUUCCCUCGUGCUGAUGGCACUCUCCGCUCUAACGUGUCCAUUCCCUACCACACCACGUUGAGCUCGAAAACUGAAGAGGAGCCACUUUAUUCACUUCCUCCAGAUGCAGUGCCAACACCAAACCUGGGAUACAGCUCAGACCAGAACCACGUCAGCUUUGUGAAGGAGGGCAGUGUUGGGUUGAGGUUGGUGGGAGGAAAUGAUGUUGGCAUCUUUGUUGGUGGUGUCCAGCCCAACAGUCCAGCCCAGAUGCAAGGCAUGCGAGAGGGUGAUCAGAUACUGGAGGUGAACGGCGUGGACUUUAAUCACUUCACCAGAGAAGAAGCAGCCAUGUAUUUCAUGAACAUCCACGCUGGGGAACGCAUCGAUAUCAGGACUCAGAAUAAAAUGAACAUCUACAAGAAGAUUUUGAAGUCCAGCCUCGGUGAUUCUUUCUACAUCCGUACGCACUUUGACCACGUGGCUGAGAGCAGUGUUGGCUUGAGCUUCACCAGAGGAGAGGUGUUCAGGGUGGUGGACACCAUGCACCGCGGGAAGCUGGGAACCUGGCUAGCUGUGCGCAUGGGCAAUGAUCUACUCGAGCUGGACAAAGGCACCAUACCUAACCAGGCCAAGGCUGAAACUUUGGCCAAUUUGGAGCAGGUACAGAGAAUCAGUGCAGCCGAACGCCAGGCCUCUGGCCCCAGGGCCGAAUUCUGGAAAUUACGGGGUCUCAGAGGGGCCAAAAAGAACGCCAGGAGAACCCGCGAUGACCUCCUACAGUUGACUAUUCAAGGCAAAUUUCCAGCAUAUGAGAAAGUGGUUCUGAAAGAGGCCAAUUUCAAACGGCCUAUCGUCAUUUUGGGUCCUCUGAACGACAUUGCAAAUGAGAAGCUGGCCCGAGAGAUGCCAGAUGAAUUUGAAGUUGCGGAAAUGGCAUCCAGGAAUGGAAGUGAUGGUUCAUCCAGUGUCAUCAAACUAGACACAGUGAGGAGAAUAGCAGAGCAGGAAAAGCAUCCCUUGCUGGACAUUACACCCACGGCUGUAGAAAGAUUGAAUUAUAUUCAGUACCAUCCCAUGGUGCUCUUCUUGGAUCCUCAUAGUCGGAAAGACGUGAAGGCAAUGAGGCAAAAAUACAUACCAGGCUCCAACAAGAGCUCUCGUCGCCUAUACGCUCAGGCCUUAAAGCUUAGGAAACAUUACAGCCAUCUAUUUUGCGCACGCGUUGAUCUUCAGUCUAAUACAAACGUGUGGUUUGAUAUUUUGAAAGACAAGAUUCAGCAACAGCAAUCUAAACCGGUCUGGGUUUCUGAAGUUGCGUUGGAGGGAGGCGCUGAUGAAGACCUUGACGCAUUCAGCCGUGCAAACAACUCUGACUACCUCAGUGGUGCCAGCGACUAUGAGGACACUGAUGGGGAGGCCAUUACGGAUGGUGAAGCCUACACAGACAACGAGGACCUGGAUGAGCCCUCUGUAGGCAUCGCCAGAAACCGUGGCACUGCCUUGGCCCGCUCCUCUGAGCCCGCCACUGGGCACAGUCAAAGUCCCGAACCUUUCUAUGACCCAGAGCCAUACCUGGAGGAAGAGCCCGUGUACACCCUACCUCCCGGGGAAAUACCUCCCAUCCUCCAUGUUCCAGAGCCCCGAUCUCCACGCCUUUUCACUGGCAGUCCCCAACAAGAAGAUGAUGUCCCCUCUCAGCGGAGUUUCACAGAUUCAGACUUCAGCACCGGGGACAUGGCUGCACCGCCGGCACCUUCCGAUGUUCUGCCUAACUUCAAGGCACCAGAUCCCAAAGAAGUCCAAUCAGAGACCCCUCCAGUGUCAGCCAUAGAGGAAAAACUUCAAAAGGAUCGCAUGGCAGAACCAGAAAGGAAACCCUCCCCUUCAUUUAUAGUAUUGGCACAUCACGAAGCCAUGCAAAUGCGGAGAACACAGAUCAGAGGAAGUGAUAGUGAGAGCAAUGAAGACGACAGAGAUAAUGAUGAUGAUUUUGGUGUCGACGAUGAUGAAACUGAUGACGUUGAAUGGGGACCUGCCACAGAGCUGUAGUAUACAUGGAUCAUACUGACAUCAGGCACAUGGACCUCUCAUGUCUCUACGUGUGGACAUGUACAUUUACACAAUCAAACUGGAAAUAUAUAUUUUUUCUAUUUCCAGUGUUUUUUAUGCAGUGUCCGUAUGGACUUGUGAUAGAUGACUUUAAUCUUGGAUCGAUUUUGAAGAUUUGUGAACGCAAUUGCUUCCUUUUGUGGGUUUUGUAUUUUUAAUGGAUGCGCUGAGAUCCUUCUCGGGAUUAUAUCAAAAAUAAAUAUUGCCAUUUGUAAUAGACAAUUUGGGUAUGCUUUACCCUCUUCAGGAACUUGAUAAAUAUUAUUUUAAUUGUUGUUUUUUAAACAAUGCAUUUUAAGGUCACGUUUAUUACUGUUAGAAAGUGUAAUGAAAUUAAUCUUGCUACUAACUGUACUUAAUCUUCUCCAGUCUUCUGUCCUUAAUUCAACUCAGACUGCUUAAAAAGUGAAGUCCUAGUGGAAGCAAAUGGAAUUGCAACAAUAAUAACUUACAAAGUUGCUUUAAAAUUCCCCUACACCCAGGGCAUUGAUCAGGGGCUUGGUAAUUUUAAGGGCUGUCUCAAACGAAAUCCUUUUUUAGUGAAAUACAAUGUUCUUUCCCUAAAAAAAAAA